UAUUGUUUUCAGUGUAGGCCUACUAAAAAUCUCAAAAUAAUUAUUCACCCCAAUUACGCACAGUACAAUACGCACGGAGGAACAAGAGCGCCAGUAGGUCAAUGCAACACUCAAGCCACUGCGCCAUCUAGAGGUGAGCUCAAUACAACUCCAACAACACCACUGCCCUCCUCCUCUCCGAGACAGUCCCAGUCCCAAUGCAUACGGUGCCGCGGUCCAGCACACCGCCUCCGACUUGCUCGCCGACGAGAUUGGGAGAACGAAGAAGGAGACAAAGAUGGCUGAGUGAGAAUGAGACUGCCUGCCUCGGUGCUUGUUUCGGUCUCUCUUUUCACAGCUGAGACGACGGCUGCGUUGUACCUGAGCUCCACGUACCGCUCUGCAGGAGACAAGAUUUGGCAAGGCUUUACGCUGCUCUUCACGCUCCUACCCUCGGUGCUCGUGCAGCUCACCCUCAUAUUCAUCCACCGGGACCUCAGCAGGGAUAGACCUCUCGUGCUCCUGCUCCAUAUUCUACAGCUGGGACCGAUUAUCCGGUGCCUGGAUGCCUUCUGUAUCUACGGCAGUGCGGGCAAGUUCGAGGAGCCCUAUGUCACCAUCACCCGGAAGAAGCAGGUGCCGCGGGGCAAGGGCGGGCUGUCGGAGGAGGUGGAGCAAGAGGUGGGCCAGGCGGAGGGCAAGCUGAUCACCCACCGCGCCGCCUUCGCCCGCACCUCCGUCAUCCAGGCCUUCCUGGGAUCCGCACCCCAGCUCACGCUCCAGCUGUAUAUAUGUGUCCUGCAACAAGGGGUAUCCAUAGGAAGAGGCACGCUGAUGGUGAUCUCGCUGCUGUCCAUCGUGUACGGCGCGCUGCGCUGCAACAUCCUGGCCAUCAAGAUCCGCUACGACGACUACGAGGUGGACGUGCGCCCCGGCGCCUACCUCUGCAUCUUCCUGUGGCGCAGCUUCGAGAUCGCCACGCGCGUCACCGUCCUGGUCCUCUUCAGCUCCGUGCUGCAGAUCUGGGUGCUCCCCGUGGUGCUGGCCAACUUCCUGCUCUUCACGCUCUACCCCUGGGCGCUCUUCUGGCGCAGCGGCUCGCCGUUCCCGGAGAACAUCGAGAAGACGCUGACGCGCGUGGGCACCACCAUGGUGCUGGUGCUGCUCACCUUCCUCUACGCGGGCAUCAACAUGUUCUGCUGGUCGGCCGUGCAGCUGAGACUCUGCGACCCGGACCUGAUCGACAAGGGGCACGGCUGGCGCCACGCCGCGUCCUACUACGGGCUGCGCUUCCUGGAGAACGGGGCGCUGACGCUGCUCUGGCACGCCUACCAGACAGACUUCUACCGCGCCUGGGACGAGCCCGUGCUGGCCCUGGUGCUCCUGGUGGGCUACUCGGUGGCCAUCUUCUUCAUGUUGCUCUUCUACCAGUUCUGCCACCCAUGCCGGCGGCUGUUCAGCACCAGCGUGUCGCAGGGCAUGUGGGAGUGCUGCGGUGGCGGCGGGGGGUCCACCUGCUUCCUGCUGCAGGGGCCCCAGGCGUCGUCGCAGGUGGGGCCCAUCAUGGAGACCAAGACGACGACGUCUCCCCUGGACCACCACCACCACCACCACCACCACCACUAUCAGCAGCAGCCUUCCCACUACACCACGGACAUGGAGAGUCCCGGAGGAGGCGAAGGGACGACUUAUGUUACGAACGGAGACCUGAGCCAAAGCCUCUCCAGCAACCCUUAAGGGCCU